AUUGUGAUUGUGCCACCUACUGGCACAAAAAUUAGUGUUGAUGGAUGAUGUACUUAGUUUUAACAAUCUGAAAUUAUUGUCAUCAAAAAAGUAUAGAUUCUUGAUAUGAUGCAUAGAAUAAAUUUCAUGAAAACAAAAGAGAAAAGAGGGUAGAUAUCAACUUCCACUUUCACAUUCCCUUCUCCUUUUUUUUCCCUUUAGUUUCCUUCCCUUCAAAGCUCUCUCUCAAGUCUCAACUAUGCAUAGAUUGCUGCAAAUCUAAUCAAACUGUUGGUGUGAGUGUGGAAAAUGGGGAGUGUUGGAAAUCCCAAUCCAUGGGCUCCUUAUGAGAACUACAGAGAUUGCUCACAGGGGAUUUGCAGCAUCUACUGCCCUCAAUUCUGCUACUUGAUCUUCCCUCCUCCGCCGCCGUCCGACGAUGAUUCCGGCGCCCCCUUCUCCCCUCUUAUAAUCGCCAUCAUCGGCGUGCUGGCCAGCGCCUUCCUCCUCGUCAGCUACUACACCCUCGUCACGAGAUACUGCCGGCGGAGGAGGAGCGGCGGCGCGGAGGGUCGCGGCGGCGGCGGAGACGAUUCUUCGCCGGAGCAGUGGCAGGUGGCGCUGGACGGGUUGGACGAGUCCCUAAUCAAGACCAUAACCGUCUGCAAAUACAAAAAGGGCGAGGGGUUGAUCGAGGGCACCGAUUGCGCCGUCUGCCUCAGCGAAUUCGAGGAUGACGAAUCGCUGCGGCUCCUCCCCAAAUGCAGCCACGCCUUCCACCUCCCCUGCAUCGACACGUGGCUCAAAUCGCAGUCCAAUUGCCCCCUCUGCCGCGCCAGCGUCGUCGUCGUGGUUCAUCACCCUUCCCCUCCUCCGAUUCCAACCAAUCUCCAUCAAUCGUCGCCUCCGGCGGCGGCGACGGCGAAUUCCUACCAAUUUGAGAGGCGUGACGACGAAUUGGUGCUGGUGGUGGAUGAUCAGAGCUCUCACUCUCAAGAGAUGGUUGUGAUUGAAACCGACGCCGGCGAGGAUGAAAACCCCCAAAUUGGGGAGGAUCAGUAUAGACGAUCGGUAUCCCUAGACACAUUUCCGCAGCAGCUCUUGAUCUCUGAUAUUCUGAAAUUUGAAGAUAUCGAUGAGCAAGGACAGAAUUGGAGGGGCGUUGGAUCGUCAAAGGGCUUUCUGCGAAGCCCGGCUUCGAUGAAGAGGUCGAUUUCGGCCGGUGGAUUCGUGUUCCGAAUCAAUGAGGCCGCUGCCAAAUUUUAGUGUAAGAUAAGAUACUUUUUUUUUUGUGGAGAAUCAGUGUUCUUACAACAUAGAUUCCGCUGAGCCAUUUUACUUCCACGUUUAUUGUAUGAUGAUGAUUGAUGAGUACACAAUAGAACCAACAUAAUGUCAGAAUUGGAGAAACUGUUCUUCUCUUUAUAUAGAAAUCAAUAUUUGGUGUCA